AUGAAUGUAACUGAAGAAACAGAGCUUUAUAAUCGCUGGAAAGCGUUACAAAGACAGCUGGAAUUAUUGGAUUUACAGGAAGGAUUCGUCAAAGAAGACUGCAAGUCGUUAAAGCGUGAAUUAAUACGUGCUCAAGAAGAAGUUAAGCGGAUUCAGUCAGUGCCUCUAGUGAUUGGCCAAUUCUUGGAAGCUAUAGAUCAAAACACAGCCAUUGUUGGAAGCACCACCGGCUCUAAUUAUGUAGUUCGGAUAUUAAGUACUCUUGAUCGAGAGUUACUAAAACCUUCUGCCAGUGUAGCUCUUCAACGUCACUCAAAUGCCCUGGUCGACAUUUUACCUCCUGAGGCCGACUCUUCUAUCUCAAUGCUCCGUCCAGAAGAGCGCCCUGAUGUCACAUACAAUGAUGUUGGUGGUUUAGAUAUUCAAAAACAAGAAGUUCGUGAAGCAAUCGAAUUACCCUUAACGCAGGGUGAUCUCUAUCGUCAAAUUGGUAUCGAUCCUCCUCGUGGUGUUUUACUUUACGGACCCCCUGGUACUGGUAAAACCAUGUUGGUAAAGGCCGUCGCCAACUCUGUAAACGCCAAUUUCAUUCGAGUUGUUGGUUCCGAGUUUGUUCAAAAAUACUUGGGUGAAGGCCCUCGUAUGGUGCGUGAUGUUUUCCGUAUGGCACGAGAAAAUGCACCUGCCGUUAUUUUUAUUGAUGAGAUUGAUGCUAUUGCUACGAAACGUUUCGAUGCUCAAACCGGUGCCGACCGUGAAGUGCAACGUAUUUUAAUCGAAUUGUUAACUCAAAUGGAUGGUUUUGACCAAGGCGCUAAUGUUAAGGUCAUGAUGGCCACCAAUCGUGCUGACACACUAGAUCCUGCCCUCCUUCGUCCUGGCCGUCUAGACCGUAAAAUUGAAUUUCCCGCUUACCGUGAUCGUCGUCAACGCCGUCUUGUCUUUCAAACAAUCACUGCUAAGAUGUCUCUUUCCCCUGAGGUGGAUUUGGAUACCUUUAUUAUGCGUCCAGAUGCCUCUAGCGGUGCUCAAAUUUCUGCUAUUAUGCAGGAUGCCGGAUUGUUGGCUGUCCGUAAAAGCCGUGGUAUAAUUCUUCAAAGCGAUAUAGAAGAGGCCUAUGCACGUGCUGUUAAGCCUACUGACAUGGAACAAUUUGCUUUCUACAAGUAA